UAACAACAUGGCGGCGAUGCCCAUGGAGACUGUCAAUAAUGUCAACAUGAAAUGUUUUUAUGAAGUGAAAACUGUGAAAAAUGCCCUGGGCUGAAGCUAUUUCAUGAUGUGAUCCCCGUAUUUAAUCCUCAUUCAUUGAUAAUGGACAUCAGGUGUUCAAUGGUGUGUAGAUUAUGGGUAGAACCAAAUCUCAUGUUGAUCCUGAGCUUACAUUUGCUCCAAAAAUCAGUGACAACAGUAGAAAGUUGGCUCUUCUAAAAAUUUAUGCAAAAGAGAGUGAACAGUUCGUAGAUGGCGGUGCGACAAGCACAUCAAUUGGACAGAGUAUAGAGAUAGAUAGCGACGUCCCCCAUUUUAUGAAAUCGACUGUUUCCAGGAGAGAAUCCGUCACAAACCUCACCCUCACGGGCCUUGCCCCACUGAAGAAAGUUCCGUCAAAAAAGAAACUGUUGCUGGGGAAAAAAAUUACAAAGGUGAAGAAUGAAAAUGCGUCAAACUUCAACAAUCUAAGUUUGAGGAUUGCAAAAGAAAAAGGUGCUAAGAUUCAUGCUGAGAUAAUGGCAAAAGCUGCCACAAUGCCUGCGGCCCCAAACUCGAGUCGUGUAGUCGAUGAUGCUGAAACAUUUACAUUUAAACCAAAAGUCAGUUCGAGGAGUGCCUCUAUUGCGGAAAGUCUUGGGACUGAUUUUAUGGCAAGAAAUCAACAGCAUAUAGAAAAACAGAAAAAACUGCUGGAUCAGUCAAUUAGUAACCAUCGAACCAUCAAUCCAUACACCGGAAGGUUAAGUCCUGUUCUAAGUACUUCCAAGGCAAAGAAAUCAACGAAUAAUAAAAUAGCUAAGGAGAGUAGCAAUUUAGCUUGGAGCACCCCAGACGGCACAAAAAUACUCACUGCAGCGAUUACUAACACGAAGAGUGAGAAUGAAGGAAGUCCAGCAAGACUGACACGGUCUGGGACCACCCUGACUCCUAUCAAACAUCCUAGUAAAUCACAGUCUUCUGUGGCAUUAGCAGCCAAAUCCCUUGCAGACAGUCCAUACAACUCGUCCAAUGCUGGCUUAUUCUUUAAAAAAAAGCCAUUGAAGAAGUCCACUGGCACUGACUCAGAUACUGAUGAUGAUGACGUCACUCCUCAUCUGUCACGGAGUAAAACGAUGCCACCACCAUCUAGUCGGAGGCUGAGCAAAAAAUCCAUCUCGAGCAUCAAUCUGGAUCGAUUAAAAAAUGCCAAGACUGCUGCAGAAAAAGCCCUUAAACAUCGGAAGAUUUUCACAAUCCAAGGUCCCUAUUCGAUUGUAAGGAAAUCAUUACGAAAACGAGGUUGGGUUGAAAAGUUCUACAAGCCCUCAGUGCCACAGAAGAGGACUCCAAGAACAAGUAAAUCAAAGGAUAAAAGCUUGAAUGAUUCAGAUGAUGAUGAUGAUGAUGACGACGAUGAUGACGAUGAUGAUACUGCCCUGGAUGUGAUGAAAAAUGAUGAGAAUACUAUUCCACCAUGGGAGGAGGAGGGGGGCAUCUAUGGAAUCAUGUCACGAAUUGUCCGUAACUCAUCUCCAACGUUUAUCUGGUGUAUACGGCGGGACGCUGUUGAUUAUCGCUUCCUGAACAGAGACCAGAUGGUCAAUCAUUAUUGCAAGGCUGGAUCGUUUACGACAAAAGUUGGACUUUGCGUGAAUUUACGGAAUGUGUCUUGGUAUGAUAACGCCAAUUGUAUGACGUUUUUCCCACGCUGUUAUAAACUCAGUAUGGAGGAGGAGAAAGCUGCAUUUAUCGAUGAUUUCCGACUAACUGCCUGUCAGAGCAUCAUUCGGCAUGUGACACAGAGAUACACCGGUCGAUCGAGUCCUGAAAGCAAAACGGAAGAAGAGGAACCCCCAAGUGAUGACAAAGUGGACAAAAAGGAUGGGGAGAAAGAUGGGGAGAAGACUGGAGGAUCUCGGCCGCCGACUGCCCCCACAACACCAUGUAUGAAUUCAGACUGCACUAGGUCUAGACCUGGCAGUAUGCAAGCUAACCCAUGUGCUUGUAGUAGUAAUUCACCUGAUGGGGCAAAGGUUUCGGAUGAGAAAGAAAAAGUGGCAGAGGACUUGUCAGAACUUUGUGACAGUACUGACACUGCCACUGGCUUGUUUAACCAAAUGUCUCGGCCGAAGAAACAACAGGGUGCACCUGUUGGCAUGAGGAUUAUCGACCAGGCAAUCCAACAGUGUGAGAGAUGGUUGGCGUUCAAAGCUCAUAUGGAUAUCGACCGAUGGGAUGACCCGCAUCUUCUGAGUGAUUCCGCCUGGGACCAACUCAUUCAGUCAUACUACAGAAUAAUCAAUGAUGGUGCUAUAAUCACGAAUGCGGCUUCCCGGGUCCAGGAGUGUGAACUGAUAGCCAGUAAGAUACGCCAGCAGAACCCCCAGUUUGAUUUGGAUGGCAUCAGGAAUGUGUGGAUUGUGAAACCGGGAGCAAAGUCUCGAGGCAGAGGCAUCAUGGUGUAUGACAACUUGGAAGAAAUGUGCAAACUCGUAUCCAGUAGCGUUGUCAAGAAAGAAGGCAAAUAUGUAGUGCAGAAGUACAUAGAGCGCCCUCUAUUAGUGUACAACACCAAGUUUGACAUCCGACAAUGGUUCCUGGUGACGGACUGGAAUCCACUCACGAUAUGGUUCUAUAAGGAGUGCUACCUCAGAUUCUGCUCACAACAAUUUACUCUCGAUAAUUUCAAUGAGGCAAUCCACCUCUCCAACUUCUCGAUACAGAAGCAUUACUCAAAUGGACCUCGAUCGAAGAGUCUUCCACGUGAUAAUAUGUGGGAUUCAGAAACAUUCAAACAGUUCCUGGCGGGCCGAGGCCAAGGACAAGCAUGGGAGGAAAAAAUCUAUCCAGGAAUGAAAAAAUCUGUGAUCUGUUCGCUCUUGUCAACGCAAGACGUCGUCGAGUAUCGUAAAUCGUCGUUUGAAUUGUACGGUGCUGACUUCAUGCUCACCGACGAUCUGAAUCCAUGGCUGAUUGAGAUCAACUCCAGUCCAACAAUGUCAGCGAGUACACCUGUGACUACGAGGCUGUGCCAUAACGUAAUAGAGGACACAAUGAAAGUUGUGAUUGACCGAAAAUAUGAUAGGAACUGUGAUACUGGUGACUUUGAGUUGGCGUUCAAACAAAAUCCAGUGACUGUGCCGCCAUAUAUUGGAAUAAACCUUUCAGUUGAGGGGCAGGGAAUACGUAAACCGUACAUGCCGAUUGUGAUAAAAAAUACGGAGGACAAUCCAUAUAUGCAGAAAGUGCCUGCCCCGAAAAUGGUUACCACGGGGAAAACUGCACCAUCAUCUGCUCCAAGUCAAUCUCAGUCGCAUACCCCGGUGAAGUAUAACAUGACUCAUGCUAAAACACCUCCACAUAAUUCAACCAAAGAUACGAAGAAAGAUAGUGUGGCAUCUGGUGACAUGAAUAAGAAGGAGAAAGACUCUAAACCAAUCGGCAGUAAUUCUAGUACUAAGCAAGACAGUUCAGUAGCUGAAUCAGAAAAUUGUAGCGUCAAAAGCGGGAGCGUCACAAGUGCUAAAACGGAAACGAAGAAGUCUCAAAAAGUUUCAUUGGAUCAUAAAGUCCUUCUAGUGGAGCGUGAGAAGUUGCCAAUGAGGAUGACGAAUGUAGCGGCAGCGGAUUUCAAACCAGUCAAAAUGGGGAAUAAAGGUUCAGGGACGCUUGAUGGACUACAGGCUGGUCGGCCUUGUACUCUCUGCGGUAACGGGAUGAGCCUUCACUUGGACAGCAACCACAUAACGUGUAAAUGUCGACAAGACAGCUUGUGCAUUGACCUGAGUAACAAGCGUGCCAAGAGUGCUCACGCCCCAAUGUCAGCACGUACACAAGCUUUAUUAACGACGAGAUCACCGUCGGUCACCGUGCCACGUGAUCAUCAUCACCUCCUAGCGGCCGUGUACAACCGCGGCCCAUCAACCUACAACAUCAACGCCAAUAUCAAUUCCACGCGCCGGGUGUUGGGUUAUACUGACGCUGGCAUCAAACGACCAAAAUCACCUCUCCGUAUUUCACCAAAGGCCUUACCAAGUUUGAUACGCAGGAUGCAGUCAAGGAAAAACAGUGUUUUAAAUGUUGCUCCUAUGUACCAGCAUUCUAAAGAGUAUUCUUUAGUCAGAAGUACGUUUCCAAAUUUUCCCAAAAGCUGAAUCGAAUGUCCCUACCGAAAUGAAGAACAUGUAAGUGUGAAAGUGUGAUGCAAGGUCCCCUUUUGCCUCUUUCUGUCUGAUAUGAUUCUCAUAUGCAUUCCUUUGGUGAAUGGCAAAGUGAUUUUGGUCAGAAUUUGCCAUUUUCUUGAAGCUGGUCAAUUGCUUUCAGUGCGUGACUUAACCAAGGUCUUCCAGGUGUCGAGGGUUGAAAAAGACUUGUUUGAAUCACACACCCAAUCAUAUUAUCAAUAAUAAUCAUCAGCUAUUCAAAGAUUUUCCAUAUUCUCGCUAAGCUAUCUAGCUGGUGGUUUGAAGUAGUGCUUCCUAACUCCUUGUAGCAACAUCUGGGAAAGAGUUUCUUCCACUCUUUCUAGUUUUUGAUAGGGCCUGGUAGAUAUCAACAUUAUAUGGAUAUACUUUUGUAUUAACUGUAAUCCGUGAAAUGUUCGUGAAACAAAUUGUUGGCAAAUUAGCUUGUUUUCAAUUAGCGUUCAACUCAAUUUUAGCAUUUGAUGCCAAAUUGUAGAAGUUAAUGACAUUAAAAGUUGAAAUUUUUGCACUUUUUUAAUUCAUGUUUGACAGCACAUUUGUGAAAAUCACAAAACUAAAACACUUGCGAACAUUUCAAGGUUGACAGUGAUAAAUGUAUUGCCUGUGAGAUUGAAGCGAAGAUGCCAUAUUUUUGUCAGUAAACUUUGUACACCAUACAUUUGUAUUUGCACACUGUCCAUAUCUCUGAUGGUAAAAUUUGACUGAAAUAUAUUUUGAAUAAGUUAUUGUUUAAAAGCUAAUUAUUGUAAUCGUCAUUGAUGUGCUUUGAGUAUUAGACCUACAUCACCUAGCAUGGCAGGCUGAAUAGUAGUGGCCAGCAAGAGCAUAAUUAAAAUCAUGAGUGAUUAUUUUUGCAUGUUUGUACUUGGAAUGCUGAAAAAGAGCUCAGGUUUGCAGUUAAAGCGUGGCAGCCAUGGUUUGCAAGUUUUUAAAAUUUGCCUUUGUAAAAUACUCAAAAUUGUGCUUUCAUUAUUACCAACUAUUGUUGCAGCUGUCUUAAAGGCCCAGUACUUCCAUGUCCAUUUGUGUACAUAGUGACCAUCAUUUGUACAAUGCCACAGCCAGCAUACCUCAGCUGUGCUGUCACAACACAUAGCGGCAGCACGGGGUAUGUUGUGAUAUAUCAAAACUCAAACUACAGUGGUCAAAUAUUCGAUGGAUGUACUGGACCUUUAACAUAGCUGGCCAGUUUGUCAGACUUAGACAGGUCAUGUCCGUGAAGUCAUUUGUUCAUAAUGAUACUUGGUAAAUUUUUCAGUAAAUUUGCACAAACGGGCACACCUUGGAGUCUAACUUCUUCAAAUUAUCUGUGAUAUUGUUUGUUUCUAUAUGCUAUAUCUCUGUACAGCAUGUUUUAGAAACUAUAGUCAGGCUCAUUUUUGCAACAUGUCUGGCCUUUUUUCUGGGACAUGCUUAUUGUGUUAUGGUCUGUUUUGUAUAUUUUUAUUUGGUGUUUGGUUUGUAAUAUAGUUGGGAAUUUGGUUGGUGUGCUCUGUUGAUAUUUGUUGAAAUCGUAUAAUUUUUAUCUAAAGCUUGAUUUAUUUUUACUAAGAUUGUAAAAGGUUGUCAUGAUCUAAAGUUUUUAGAUUGAUGACUCUAAAAAUCAUGAAACAAUCGGGCUUCAGAAGCCCAGGUCAUAGGGAGGAACCAUGGUUUGGCAGAAAGGCUGUUGUAAUCAUCUUGUGGAAUCAGCAACCAUCUCUCCGAGGGUUUUCCACAUCUCCGAGUCUAGAUUAACCUUACUACGUGCCAUAAAUUGCACAGACCCCUGAACUAAGUCAUGAAUUCGGAAAUUAUGCUUUGAUUAAUUAUCAGAAAUAAAUCAAGUUGCUAUUAUUCAUUUAACUAUGAUGAGUUUAUCUUUAUUUAUAUUUUUGUGCUCAAAACAGAAAAUUCAGAUUCAGAUUCACAUAUAUAUGUCUACUUAUCAAUUACACCAGAGCUAUUAGAAGAAUUGCUGAAUGUGUAAAAAUUUAAGGGGGGGGUCUCGAGAUUAUCCCUGGCAUUAUUACAAAUUUUAGCUUUAUCAACCACAGCUACGUUUCUACAUGUACAAGUGGUUUUAGUGAUUUUAUCUGUGAGAUUUUAUUACUGUUAUUUUCAUGAUUAUAUAUCUUGAUUCAUGGAAAAUAUAUCUAUUCUGAUUAUGUAGCCAAGGAAUGUAGAAAUAUACCACUUUUUAUUUUUAAUCAUUGGACAAGUUGAUUUAAGUUCGCCUACCAAGUGUCAUUGUUUGCCUAAACAGGCUUGAAGUAUAUCACUUCAGUUGGCUUCAGAAGUAUAUGUAAAUGUCUACAUUGUUUUGGGCCUCUGUGUUCAAACUACAGGACAGAUUUUUCAAGUUCACAUUUUAUUGAAUCUUAUCUAGGGACACACACCAAGUUGGAGAUUUGCUGAUCAAGAAGUUAGAAAUGAUAAAAGCCAAACUUUGAAGAAACGGGUCCUGUUCUUUGUGCAUUAGAUACCCAAAAGGACAUGGACAUUCACUUCUGACAGCAACUGUAGGUUUUAUGUCUUGUAUGUUUUUGCUUCUAUUCGAGGCAACAUAGGCCUAUUUAGAGAUACUAAAUUGUAAGUCUUAAGUUUUUUCUCUCCUUUUGAAUAACCGCUUAAUAUGUAUUUGGUAAAUCUGCUGAAAAUGUAAUGUGUGCCUCAAGUCAAAAUAGUAUUCUUGUUAAAACUGUCUUUUGCAUCAUGUUAUCUUAUCAUCUUAUGCAUUAAUAAUUUCAUUCCUAAAAUAUUUAUGCAUCUACCUGUGUUAUAUCUCAUUGAUGACGACUAUGUUGCAACAUUGCAGAAAGUAUGUUAAAAGCUGUUAAUGUAAAAAUUUCAAGAACUGUUUCUUUCUUCAAGGAUGAUUCGUCUUAUAAGUUAUAAAACAUUCAAUUUUCUGACAGAGUUUAUUUUCUGCGUAUAAUCAUGUGAAAAAUUAUCAGCUUCAUUUAUUUAUUGACUGGGCUUUAUAAAUUGUUUGCACAAUAUUGUGGAGCAGUGAGAAUAAAUGUUUGUGGAGUUCUACAUCUAAUAUGAUAUUAAGUAAGCUUCCAACUCGUCGGACUUCCAUGCAAAUCAUAUCAUUUUGCAUGAUAAAAAUAGUUCUUUUUACUCUGUUUGUAACAAGCUUAAAGGCAGGAUAUCUCGAGAUUAACCCAAGGCCGGCAAUAAUUAGUUUACUGAAUUCCCUGUGUGAAGGGCGGUUAUCCGAUGUAUAAGAAAAAGUCACGCCACUGUUUGUGCACAUUUUCAGAUGUAUAUUUUCAGCAACCUCUACACAGGAACUAUGAAAUGAUCGUUUAGUGCCGGCCGGCAUUGUCUUGAGAUCGCGGCUCUUGCCGCUGUCAGUUUCACUGCACUAGAAAUUGCACUUUUGAAGCUUUACACUAAUUGUUUAUAAUCUUGUACCAAGUGUAGAUUGUCUACUGGCUUGUACCAACAAUAAAUGAGAAUAUAAUA